GCGAGCGUAGGCGAUCCAGGAUGGCGGCGGCGGUGGAGAAUGUUGUCAAACUGCUGGGGGAGCAGUACUACAGGGACGCCUUGGAGCAGUGCCAUAACUAUAAUGCCCGUCUGUGUGCCGAGAGGAGCGUGAGGAUGCCCUUCCUCGACUCGCAGACCGGCGUGGCACAGAGCAACUGCUACAUCUGGAUGGAAAAGAGGCACCGAGGACCAGGCGUGGCUCCAGGGCAGUUAUACACGUAUCCAGCGCGCCGAUGGAGGAAGAAGAGGCGAGCUUACCCCACGGAGGACCCUAGCCUGGCGUUCCCCUCCAUAAAAACAGACUCGGACCUGGGUCUGAAAAAGGACGUACUUGUUCCCAGUGAUGGCAGCAGCAGCCUGGAGGCCCUGCUCAGGGGGGAGCCGCCGGAGAAGAGGCCGGCAUCGGAACUCCGACCGAGCGAGGACGAGCCGGCCAACAGCGAGUACGCGAGCGGCGGACUCAACCCUGCCUCGAGGGUCAGGAAGAGAAUUUUAGAGCCUGAUGACAUUCUGGAGAACCUGGAUGACAGUGAAGACGACACCCCAAAGAGGCGUGGCAAAGGCAAGGGAAAGGGACGUGGGGUCAGCAGUGCCCGCAAGAAGCUGGACGCUGCAGCCGCCCUGGAGGAUCGAGACAAACCCUACGCCUGCGACACCUGUGGAAAGCGCUACAAGAACCGGCCCGGACUGAGCUACCACUACGCCCAUUCUCACUUAGCCGAGGAGGAGGGCGAAGACAAGGAGGAGGUCGAGAUCCGUGACCCCACCCCGCCUCCGCCGGAGGAGCCUAAAGUUCCUAAAAAGGGUCCGGACGGGUUGGCACUGCCCAACAACUACUGCGACUUCUGUCUGGGCGACUCCAACUUGAACCAGAAAACGGGUCAGUCGGAGGAGCUGGUGUCCUGCUCGGAUUGCGGUCGUUCAGGUCACCCGUCGUGCCUGCAGUUCACGCCGGUGAUGAUGGCGGCGGUGAAGACGUACCGCUGGCAGUGUAUAGAGUGCAAGUGCUGCAACAUGUGCGGCACGUCGGAGAACGAUGACCAGCUGCUCUUCUGUGAUGACUGCGACAGAGGCUAUCACAUGUACUGCCUCACCCCGCCCAUGUCAGAACCUCCCGAAGGAAGCUGGAGCUGCCAUCUGUGUCUGGACCUGCUAAAAGAGAAGGCGUCCAUAUACCAGAACCAGAACGCUCCGCCGUCGUGAUGGUCCCGACCGGCGGCACCGUCCCCAUGUCCUCGGUUUUCGGAUGAACGGUAGACAUUUUUACCCCUGGAGAGAGAGGGAGACGUCGAGGAACUAAAAAUCGUCAUUUCUCACGUCGUUUCCUCUCGGCUCUUGAUCCCCAUAUGACUGUUACACAGUUUUAAUCCACCUGCUGCUUUUUGUUUUCAACUACUCAUGGUAAACAGGAACCGACUAAUCUGAACUCAUAACUAACCACAAUUUCUCUGUUACUAUUAUGACAAUAUAGUAUAUAUACUUUAUAUGGGCAAAAAGUAUUCGGACACCUGACUAUGAGAGUGACCUCUAUGUGUUUUUCCAGCUAAAACGAGCAUUUGUGCCCAUUCAGUGAAAAGAUGACCGCAUUUGUAUGGCUGAGCACUGUAAUCGGUUGAUGUGAGGCUGAGUCACAGCCAUACUGGAACAGGAAAGGACCUUCCCUAAACUGUUGCUGCAGAGUCGGACGUGUAUAGAUUUCCUAAUCAGUAUAACUGAUUUAUUACACCUGUUAGCGACUGUUGUGGCUGAAACACAUGAAACACAUACGGCAAGCCGUAGCCUAGUGGUUAAGGUACUGGACUAGUAAUCAGAAGGUCGCUGGUUCAAGCCCCACCUCUGCCAGGUUGCUACUGUUGGGCCCUUGAGCGAGGCUCAAAAGCUCCUGCUAAAUGCUGAAAAUGUAAAUGUAAUUAAAAUUAGAAAGGGUGUCCGAAUACUUUUGCCCAUACAGUCAGUAGCGCACCUCGCAACACCCGUAGCUUCGCCGCGGAUUAAAGAUAGUUGAAAGCAAUCAGCACGCCAGUGCUUGUUCGUGACGAGGAUACCGGUAGUGUGGAUUCUUUUUUUUUUUGUAUAUUUAUAUAUUUGUAUAGCGUAUAAAGGCGAGAUGUAUUUAAAAUACGAUUCAAUGAAAUAAGAAGCGCUCGGCCGCGGUUUCGCAGGCUUUCGUGAUUUCUCGGCUGUCUCGGUUUCACAGUUUGUCGGCCGGCGCUUGAAUUUUUGGUGUUUUACAAAAAUGCUGUAGAGCUUUUUAGCUUUAGUGUAUUAGAAAUCAGAUUUUUAAUAAUAUAGAGUAAUCGAUAUCUAAACGGCUCAGGACGUAUUAAUAUUGAUUAAUAUCAGCUCACACGUGUAUUCAGCUAGAUGCUCGGAUCCUGGGUAAUAAGAGUAACGGCACUCAGGUUGGUUAUUGAGGGUGUUUGCACACUUGGUCCCUGUUUUUUUUAAGGUCUCAGGUGAACGAUCCAGAUGUGUGACAUCCAUAGGAGGGUCACAUGACCAGUGUGGAAAGAUCGUUAAUGCUGCACUAUAUGCUUCCAAAAAGCCUAAAUAUAAAAAUAUAAUAUAAAUAUACAGAGUAUAUUCUUUCUCAUUACAUGUUAACGCCGGACGGUUGUUGAAAUAUCAAUCUUACACCAAAGGUCAGUCCACACCGGGCGGGUCUCUGCUGCGUCGUGUAAAAAUGAGGCAGCGAGCACCUCGGAGAAUCACAAAACCUGACACGGAGCAUCGUGCUGUCGUAAUUACAGACAGUUCACAUAAAAUCCUGACCCCAGACGCCGGGGCUGCGAUCGACCAGCAUACACGUGUUCGUUUUGUGUCCCCAUAUUGGUUAAAAAUGAGAACCGUACUGUACAAACACGUGGUUUUACACACAGAGCUUCUGCGUCAUUUACUGUACGUAAAAAGAGGCGUGAAUUUCGGCUCGUCUUAUGUAGCAUGUGUUGAGGAGUAAAAAAAGGCUUUUGGUACACGUCCGGUGUGAAUUGAUGAUGCUGAACGGUUGUUGAAAUAUUACUCUUACACCAAAAGUCAGUCCACACCGGGCGGGUCUCUGCUGCGUCGCGUUAAAAUGAGGCAGCGAGCACCUCGGAGAAUCACAAAACCUGAAACGGAGCAUCGUACACAUAAAAUCCUGACCCCAGACGUCGGUUCAGCGUGUUUCUCCUUGUACUUGUACGUAAGAGACGAGGCGCUUCAUGAGCCUCUAGAUCAGCCGUGUGCAGGAGGGGGGUAAAGCACUGCUUCAGGUACCCGUCCGGUACUGAACUGACGUGGGCUCGUCUCAUCAUGGUGGGAACUAGCAGACACGGGACCGUUUCCACUUUUUUGUCCCGACGGUUCCUCAGUGUGCCAGUAUUGAGCGAUGCUUGGGGCACCGGGCACUUUAAAGCCGCCACGCCGAACCGUAUGCAUGUUCACCCGGCACCACCCACACAAGCACACCUACGCUCGUACUCGUUUAACAGUAGUCGACUAACCGCGAUUAACACACAGCAGAUAAACGUAACCUGGUUCUGUAGCUGCAUUUUGUUUAUAAACUGUGGCCAUUAUUGAACACGAUGGAGUCAAAAGUAUGUGGACGCCAUAGGGGCGCAGUCCUCAGGGAACAGGAAAGGCCCUUCCCCAAACUGUUGCCAUUCAUAAUAAAGCAUAUUGUUUUAUGAAUUAAAUUUUUAUAUAAGGGUGGGGCUAAAACACCUGAACCUGAUAGUUACAGUAUAACGGUUUGAGGGCUGUCCAUAUACUUUUGGCUGUAAAGUAAGUGUGUGUACGUGUGUAUUUAUUUACACACACACACACACACACUCUCUGAGCUCUUUAUUAGGUACACCUAUCUGGUACGUAUAUACAUACGUAUCUCGUACUGAUUAAUUUAUAAGCAACAUCUACCAUGCAGAAAAACUUACUUGGUAUACAAUUACUGACUGUUCGUCACCCCCAAGCCUCGCAAAGCAGACCCCCACUGACCAUUAGUGUAUUAAUUAAGUGUUGGACAUGAUGGUGUGUUGCACUUGAAUAAGUGUAUCAGGUGCAGCAGUGUUGGUGGGAUUUUUAAACGCAUUACGUCUUAAUGCCAACGCCAGGAACAGAAUCCGCAUGAGCAGCUCCAAAUGCGCACCUUCGAGCAGUCCUAAUACGGCGCGCGUUCCUAAUAAAGCGGGCAGUGAGAUUAAACAGGGAUUAAAAAUCCCAACAACACUGCUGCACCUGCUACGAUCAUACCAUAACAUACCCUACCACUAUAUUACAAUGUAAGUGCCAUUGCAGAGCUGCAUUGCAUUGCAAUGGUCCGGUCCAUCACCCAAUCAUCAUCUAGAUACUAGACAGAGAGGCCAGAAGGACUCCUGUCAGUAAUUGUAUACCCGUAAAGUUCACGUGUGCCGGGUUUGGCUUAUAACUAAAGAAUGAAUACAGAUCAGAUAAGUGUUCCUAAUAAAGUGCUCAGCGAGGGUGCGAAUGUUGAUUUUUUGCUCUUUCGUUUCAUGAUGGAAUUAUUUGCUUCAUGUUCACUGAUUUUUUUUCCAAGGAAAAUAAAAAAUUAAUAAGCA